AUGUCUGCUGCUGGGGUUGCCAAAAUCUCUGCGGCUGCGGUGGCCAAAAAUAAGCCAGAGGGCCUGCUGGGCCUCUCUGUCGCCGAAGCCAAGGCCCUGCUUCUUGGUAUUGUCUGUGAGGAAGGUGGCAGGGUUGAUAUGGAAAAGCUUGCUCUGAAGUACCCGUACAAGAACAGCGCCUCCGCCAGCACCUCGUACCGCAACGCCAAACGCAGGCUCCUAGGAAUCGACACCAACGGUGCAGUCGAUGGCUCUACUACGAACGACGCAGCCUCUCCCGGUGGUGCGUCAGCUGUCAAUAGCGCGACUACCACCCCCAAGAAAAGAUCUCCCGUCAAGCGCAAGAAGCCUGCGCCCAUUGACUCCGAGGCUGCUGCCGGCCCCGCCGACGAGGCGAGCGGCUCUCCCAAAUCAAAGCGACAGAGAAAGACCCCCGUGAAGAAGGCUCCUGUCGUCAAGAAGGAGGAGCUUGGCGAAGAAGACGACGAGAAUAACGAGGGUAUUGUUAAGCCCGAGCCCAAUGUCGACGACAAGAGUCAGCUUGCCAACGUAAAGAUGGAGGACGCUGAUGAACAUGCCGAAUACGGUGACUUGGAAAUGGCGCAGCCGCAGACCAGCAUGUCGCUGCAGGCGCUUGACACUGUUGAGGACGACCUGAGAAGCAUUGACCUCGAUGCCGAGCUUGAUGCUUUGGAUACCCCCAAGACCGUCAAGGGCGAGGAUGAUCUCAACGAUGAGAUCAUUGCCCUGGGUACUCCCGAGAGUAUCAAGGACGACCUUGAGGAGGUCUAG